AGAGACAGGGUAAAGAGGGAAAGCGAUCGAACAAAAGCCCUAAAGACAAAAUCAAUUCCUCAAGCAGUCUUCCUCUUGGAAUUCCUCCUUUGGUAAAAUAAAACAUACUAAUAGAGUCGUAGUAAAUUGUUUUUUUUUAAAUAAAUUUAAAAUUUAUUCUUCGGUGGAUCGAACCUGCAAGUGUAAGCGGUCGAAUCUAAAAGAAAAUGGAGGAUGAGAAGAAGAAGAAGAGAAAAAACAAAAAGAAAAACAAGCAGACCAAAACCACAGAAGAAGAUGUAGAUCAGAAUAAUCAUGUCGGCAAUUGCCAGAACGGCGACGUCCCCGGUAAUGUUGAGGUGGAUCUGGAUACGCAUCAGCCUAAUGGCUCUCUUGCCAACACUGUGGAAGAGAUGAUUAGAGAAUUACAAAAAGAGAAUGAAUCGCAUGUACAGAAAGAGGCUACUUUGCAAGAGACAAUCAAACGCUUACAAAAUGAAAAUGAAUCACACGUACAGAAAGAGGCUACCUUAGAAGAGGCAAUCAAGCAGUUAAGAAAUGAGUUUGAUUCACACUUAAAGAAAGAGGUUUCCUUAGAAGAGACAAUCCUGAAAUUACAGUAUGGAAAUGAUUCACAGCUACGGAAAGAGGCUUCCUUAGAGGAGACAAUCCGCCAAUUGCAAUAUGAAAAUGAAUCAAAUAUGCAGAAAGUGGCUGGUUUAGAGAUGAAUAUCGUAGAAUUACAGACUGAAAAAAAAUUCUGGCUUCAAGAAAAGGCCAGCUUGGACGAAAAAAUUAGUCAGUUACUGGAGGAAAAAGCAGCUCUGGGUCUGAAAGGGGCAAACUUGGAGGAAAAGAUUAAACAGCUAGAGAAAGAGAAAGAGUCUUGGAUUCUGACAGAGAAUUCCACCAAAGAAGCAAUUUCUAGCCUGAAUCGUGAUAUUACGAGACUAAAAAUGCAGGUGGUUGAGUUGGAAGAAUCCAGGAGCAAGCUUUCACAAGAAAAUCAGCAGCUCAAAGAAAAUGUAUCUGGCCUGCAGUUAAAUGAACAAAAUUUUGAGAGGAACUUGACCUCUGGUCCCUCAUCAGAUGAAGUUAAUAAGCAAGCUUUUGUGAAUGAGGAUCUGAACUCUCAGAUUGAAGCAGCAAGUGCUCUGGUUGGCAAACUGAUCACAGAGAAUGCAGAGCUUGUUGAGAAGGUGAAUGAGUUGUAUGUUGAGCUUGAGCGACAAAGUAUGGCAGCAGGACUUUCUUCAGCCAUGGGAAGUGUUCCGAUUGCUAAAGUUGAUGAAACUGCCAGUUUGUCUUAUUCUAUACCUGAACCGAUUGAGAAUGGUUCUAUGUUGGCUCCAAAGUUAGAUUCCCUAGAAGCUGCUUCAAUGCACAAUGGGAAAAUUGAUAGUGAAGACUCUGGAGAAAUUGUGCAGAUUCCUCUCAAUGAUUCUGAUGUACGAGAUUUGGAGUCCCAGCCUAUUGACAGUGAACAAAAUGCUGUGCCACUCUCAGAUGCUCCCCUGAUUGGUGCUCCAUUCCGGCUAAUAUCAUUUGUUUCUAAAUAUGUUAGUGGUGCUGACCUGGUUAACAACACUACUUAAAGCUCGGAGUCUUAACUUAGAUGCAUUUUUAAUUUAUUAUUCUUUUCUUUUUUUUCUUAAUAUACCUGGUAUACUUAUGAACUAGAGAUUAAAGAUGGGCCUAUAUUGGGCCCACUACAUUUGUUUUUGUACUGAUAAAUGUAUCUGCCAAGAGGGAAAAUACUAAUUUUAUAUUUUGUUUUAUCUUGUGGAUAAGAGUCAUCUUUGUUGCUCUUAUUCACACCAUUUUGGAAUAUAUUGGAUGGGUUAGUUGACCCAAGAGGAUUUAAUGGCUUGUAACAAACCAUCUUGGCUUUAAUUGUGAGAAUUAAUGAUUUUUCUAUAAA